CCCCACUGGGCCAAGCACCCUCACCCACGGGUGCCGACCUUGGCAGGCUUGAGGCAGGACGAGGCCGCGCCCAUGGGCUCUCGCAAAGCGUCGCUCGCUGCCGCGUACCUGCUGGGGAUGCUAGCCGCUUGCUGCCUCGGAUCCAGGUGGAACAGUUCAGAGUUCUUCCAGACAGCACCUCCACCUACAACUCCACCCACGAGCCCCCCACCCACGACUACACCAGAACCCACAGUUCCCCCCAGGCUGCAGCUGGUGGCCGGGCCUGGGGCCCUGCAGUGCGCAGGCGUGGUAGAAUUCUACAGCGGCAGCCUGGGUGGCACUGUCCUCUACGAGGCCCAAGAGCAGCUGGACAGCCUGGGCAGCCUCCUGUGCAGUGCUCUCCAGUGUGGAACCUUCCUGAAGCAUCUGCCACCAGAUGAAGUAGCCAGAGCCCCGGGCCUAUCAGAACCAGGGAGAGAGACCGAGAUGGGCAGUGCCGGCGUGGCUGAGGGGAGGAGCCCUUUGCCAACGCGAUGGAAAGUCCGGAACUCCAGCUGUGCCUCCCUGCCUGAAUGCUUCAGGAAAAUCCAGCCGCAGGAGGGCAGCCAGGUGCUGGCCCUGCUCUGCUCAGGUUUCCAGCCCAAGGUGCAGAGCCGCCUGGCGGGGGGCAGCGGCGUGUGCGACGGCAGCGUGGAGGUGCGCCACGGCUCGCGCUGGGCCGCCCUGUGCGACAGCUCUGCCGCCAGGCGUCUGGCCCGGUGGGAGGAGCUGUGCCAGGAGCAGCAGUGCGGCAGGGCCAUCUCCUUCCACGCGCUGGACACCGCCUCCGCAGGGCUCUUCUGUCCCGAUGAGAGGUUGUCCCAGUGCCACAAGCUUCAGGAGAGAAAAACCCACUGCAAGAGGGUGUUUGUCACCUGCCAGGAUCCAAACCCAGCAGGCCUGGCUGCAGGCACCGUGGCGAGCAUCAUCCUGACCCUGGUGCUCCUGGCUGUGCUGUUGGUCAUGUGUGGACCGAUCGCCUACAAGAAGCUGGUGAAGAAAUUUCGUCAGAAGAAGCAGCGCCAGUGGAUCGGCCCCACGGGAAUGAGCCAGAGCAUGUCUUUCCAUCGGAACCACACCGUGCGGUCCCAGGUUGAGAACCCCAGUGCUUCCCAUGUGGACAAUGAAUACAGCCAGCCUCUCAGGGACUCCCACCUGUCCGCGUAUCCAGCUCUGGAAGGGGCCCUGCAGCGCGCCUCAGCCCAGCCCGACAAUUCCUCCGACAGCGACUAUGAUCUUCACACAGCUCAGAGGCUGUAAAAGGACUGGGAACCCCAACAAAAGACCAAUGAGCCACACCCAGCCGUCCUGAGGACACUCCCCUUUGACCUUUUGGAAGUGACAUUGCCAU